AUGCCGUCUUCUCGACAUUUCUGGCCAGUCGCCGGAUUAAUAGGAAGAACACGCAAGGUGCUGGCCGAUUUAACUCAACUAUCCCCUCACUCUCUCCGUCCAGAAACAGCCUGCAGACGCAGCCCCCCACCUAAUGGCCGCCUCUCCUCACAAGCUCUUCCGGGGGCGCGAAAAUUCCUUCCGGCCGUGCCGUCGUGCUGGGUCCGGCGUGUCCUCGGGUUGCGGGGUUUCCGCCCGCCGUCUAGCAUUCCGGCCUGUGUGCAGGCUGUGGGUUCGCUCCGUGCUAUCAUGGAGACUUUGUUUCAUGCCGGCAUGCCGGAGCUGGACAUUGAGGGCUCUGACAAGGGACGCGAAGCCGCCUGUCACCCGGCCCGCGGGAGCGGCAGCGGCACCGGCAGCGGGCAGCUGGGCCGUAAGCACCGAGGACCAGCGAGGAAACGGGCAUUUGCACUUUUUAUCAAAUCAAGACAAGUAUCUAAAAGCAGUAACCCAGAAUUGGAUGAGGAAAAUAUACAUUGGGAAUGCUGUGGACAGCAGUUUGAUAAAGAAGUGUGCAUUCACAAGCAUGUGGGAAAUGAACAUAUGUCUGAGGUCCUACAGCAAACUGAAGCUAUUUUCAAUUUGUUAGGACAAAAGAAAUCCAAGCUAACAAGAAAGCAUGAUUCUGCAUCACAACACAAUAAAACAAAGGAAGAAUUUGACAUAUCUACAUGGUUACCUGGUACAAGUGGUAUUAACUUUGAUCUAGCAUGUGCAGAAGGCGAAGUACUGUUAUAUUAUUCCUAUUGUGACAUUGAGGACCCGCAAAUAAUCUGCAAAUGGCAAAAAGUCUUAUGUCUUCAGCUGCAUCUUACGGGCAAGGUGCGCGUCUCUAAAGAAGGAAUUAAUGGAACAGUCGGUGGAUGCAAAAUGGCAACUGAGCUGUAUAUUCAGACUAUGCUUUCCCAUCCACUCUUUCAAAGUAUGUCCAUUGAGGACUUUAAGCGGAGUGCUGGAGGUGCCCACUGUUUUCCAGACCUGCGAGUUGGAGUUUUUAAAGAGGUUGUUCCCAUGGGAGUGGAUCCCGAAAAGAUCUCUUACAAGGAUGCAGGAAUUCAUCUAACUCCAGAAGAAUUUCACAGAAAAGUGGAAGCGUUGUCCAACAAUGCCCAAAUUCGAAAGGACACCAUUUUGCUAGAUUGUAGAAACUUCUAUGAGAGUAAAAUAGGAAGUUUUCAAGACUGUCUUGCUCCCAAUAUCCGGAAGUUCAGCUACUUUCCAGAUUACAUUGAUACGAAUUUGGAUUGCUUUAAAGGCAAACAGGUCCUUAUGUAUUGCACGGGAGGAAUCCGCUGUGAACGAGGAUCAGCCUAUCUGAGGUCAAAGGAUGUAUGUAAGGAAGUUUACCAACUGAAAGGUGGAAUUCACAAAUAUCUUGAACAAUUCCCAAGAGGUUUUUACAGGGGAAAACUAUUUGUGUUUGACAAUCGCUAUGCUAUCUCUGUAAAUGAUGAUGUCAUUUCAGAAUGCAGAUAUUGUGGUGCCCCUUGGGAUGAAUACAAACUCUGCAGUACUGCUUCUUGCUGUCAGCUUGUUUUGUCCUGUCUCCACUGUAGAGAUAAAGGUCUCAUAGCCUGUUGUGCUGUGUGCCAGGAAAAAGGAAAAGCAUCACCUGAAACUCAAUCACGACAUCUAAGGAAAGAGCAAUGUGAAUGUACUGAGAAACGGAUACGGAUUCCUGUUGUGAUUCCACAUUAGACUAUUUGUUCAAGCUUAAAACAGACAGAAAACAAAUCACCUCAAAUAAAGGACAGAUUUCUAUAGAAACCUGCACAAUUUCAGCAUGUCCCAAAAUUCUUGACCGCUAAUUGAGUUCUUUUGAAUUUAGUUGUUUGUGUCCUAAUACUGGAAACACUGCAGCCAGUUUGUACGGGAAGUUCCCACAUUUAAUAACAAGAUAAAUGGUUUGAUCGUGUUUUAAAGAUCUGUUCCAUUACACAGAAUAGCUUGAUUUUAUAUUAAUACUGUAAAAGAGCUUAUUAAAACUUGCAGGUUUUCAUCAGCAUGCUACUAUAAAUUUCAUUUGAGAACGGUCAUGUUUUAAAUCAAUUGAAUUAAAAUGCAUUCUGGUUUUCUGUUUUCUGAAACAUUUCUGGUUUUCAUACUCAUUUUGAAUCACAUUGUAUCCUAAGUUGAGAUACUGAUUGUGCCCACAUUAGCUAUACAAAAGCCUGUGUAUAGAUCAGCUUAUUCCACGUGGCAUUUCCCAUGGAAAAAAUCAGCAGACUGGCAGGAAUUGAGUCUUUCAUAAAUUAUCAUUCACAUGAGCUCACCUCAGAUCAAUCUUGAGUCAUAGUUGCUGAGACUUCAGUCCAAAUCCACAGUUAACAUCAGGACCACAACUCUGUUGCAAGCUACUACAUAAUCUGUCUUACUCCUAAUGUCUAAGAUGAAGAUCUUUUCAAUUUAUGGUGGUGUUCUGAUGUUUCAGAGAAAAAGUGAGCUAGGAAUGCUCUGCAAUCUGUGAUAAAUCACUCUACAUUUUAAAGAAAAGUUAACGCAAUUUAAGUUAGACAAUUUCCAAUUUUUGAGGAGUUAAUUUAAAAAUAAGAAUUCAAAUUGUGAUUGAAGUCAUUUUACAUUCAUACCAGAUAUUCAAAAUGUUAUUCUUUAGGAUGUUAUUCUGGUUCUGUGGUUUUUAAGAAGCUACAAAUGUGU